AUGCCAAUAAUCCCCCGCUCCUCCGCCUCCACCUCCCGCAAGCCGGUGCCCACCAGCAACACCACCCCGGCGGCGCCCCUCUCCGCGCAGAUCCCCCCACCGCCGCCACCACCGCCCACCGAGGAGCCCACGCCCAUGCCCAUGAGCGGCGGGCUCAAGAAAAGCAAGUCCGUGCGGGCCAAAAAGGCGCUCAAGACCAUCGCCAACCCGAUCAAGACGCGGCGCGAAGAGAAGGCCAAGCGCAACGAGGUUGAGUCCGCAGAGCGUAAGGAGAACGAGAAGAAUGUGCAGGACUUUUUGGCGACAGGGAGUGCUGCGCCUACUGCUGCUGCCGCCGCGAAGAAGAAGCGGUUGGGCACGAUCCAUGAGGUGACGGACGAGGACGAAUGA